UCUCUGUAUAAUUUUCUACAAACUGUAAUACAAAGACGAAUAAGUGAAUCGUAGAACUGGUCAAAACUGAUCAAAAAUGUUGUUACAAGAAUUAAGAAUUUAAUAUCGUUACAAUAGUUUCGCUAAUACACUCACAAAAAUGUUGAUAAAACAUAAAAACACUACAUUCUGUGUUUACAGAUUGUCCGAGCAUUUGAUCUCUAGGUUUGACACAAUGUACUUUUGUUUAACAGUGCUGGUGGUGAUUACUAUGAGUCUCAAUCUUUUUCAAAUUUUAUUAUCUUCCGAUAGUAUAAUGGAAGCUACAGUUCCUUCUUUAAACCUACUCAUUUUAAGUCUAUACGUGUUUUUUGCCAAUUUCUUUGGACAGAAUGUUAUUGACCACAAUAAUGAAGUUUAUGCUGCCGCAUACAACAUUCGAUGGUACAUGUGUCCUAUCCAUGUACAAAGAUUGAUACUACUGCUUUUGCAAAGGAAGGCUAGAGAAUUUCAUUUAACUUGCGGAGGACUGUUCAUAGCGUCUUUCGACUGUCUCGCAACGAUGGCAAAAGCAACGCUGUCUUAUUUUACUCUCAUGCAUUCCGCACGACAAUAAAAUAGGAAUAUAUUACAGAAGACAGAAGUAGUGUAUAUAUAAUGUACAUAAUAUAUAAAAAAUAUAUUAAUAUGUUCCAUAUUUGGGAUACAAAAGAUUAUAGCUCUGAACAUAAAUAAAAUUCCUAACGUUUUUCCUACUAAGAAGAAAUACAAUAUGUAUAUAAUACAAUACAAUUAUCCAUACGAAAGUA